UUCCUCAUUUUUUUAGAUCUCCUUUAUGAACGGGUUAUGGGAGUUUGUGGACAGCUAAUCGGCUAAUUUGUUGUGGCUCUAUUUAUCACAUGCUGGCGACUAUUUUCUAUUUUCUCUUCGUACACAAUUCCCUUUUCCUUUCCUCUUGGAGCUGAAUCCAACACCGAGGGACUCUUGUCUUGUUGUGUGGUAUAAUAGUCCACGCUGUGCCAUCACCAGUUCCUCCUCCCAGGUGAGCGCGAGCGAGUUGCCCAUUAGUGGACGAAGGUGCGUCAUAAAUGGGAAAUGUGUUGGGUAAGCUCGAUAGAAGAUAAGAAAGAAGAAACAGAGGAAUAACCACAGAUGUAGUCGCUCCACAGCCCGCAGCCAUGUCCAUUGAAUACACCAUUGACAUCCAGCUGACAGAGUUGGGAUAUUCAGACCUCCUGCAGCCGCAGGAGAGCUCAGGUCGAGGCCAGCAGCCAGUGGAGGGGAAAGAAGCUGGUGCAAAACAAACCUCAGAUACUGAACAACAACAACAACAACAACAACAUGGUGCACAAAGUCUCCAAGAGGAAGAAGCUGUGAAAGGCAGAGGGAGUGUCCCCACAGUGUCUGCUGGACAGGACAGCAGCAGAGAGGAUGGUGAUUCAGCAGAGAUGCAGCAGGAUGUGGAGGAUGACUCAGAUGACAGUGAGGUUUCAGAGACGUUUGAGGAAGAAGAGAUCGAUGAGGAAGAUGACGACGAUGAGGGGGAGGAUGGGAUAAACAAUGAGUCGAGUCUUUCAGGCGACUACCCCUGCAGCGUCUGUGAUCUCCAGCUGCCGUCUAAGUUCAAGCUGCAGGACCACAUGAACCUGCACACCGGAGCACGGCCGUACUGCUGCGCCGAAUGUGGAAAGCGAUUCUGCCAGAUUUACAACUACCGCGUCCACCUGCGUACCCACGCUCAGAGCCAAGUGGACCGGCCCACAUGCCGGAUAUGUCUGAGAACGUUUGCGUCACAGGAAGAUUUAACAAUUCACCUUUCAAGGACUCAUUUUGAGAACGAAUUCUACGAGUGUGACCUGUGCAAACGUGUGUUCGCCUCCCUGAAGGAGUGUGAAUAUCACGUUCAGUUGCACAAAUGUAAACGAGAUGUCGUGUGUGAGGUAUGCGGCCGCAGCUUCUCCUCUCAGAAAUCUCUCACCCGCCAUCGGAAGAAGACGUGCCGUCGGAUUUUUAAAUGCACGGACUGCUCAAAGACCUUUAUUAAUAAGAACGGUCUCCUGAAACACAGCUUCUCCCAUCUGGGUUUGUUGCCUUACACCUGCGUACGAUGCCGCUGCCACUUCCGCCUGGCCAAGCUCUACCGCCUGCACAAGUGUGAACCUGAACGCAUCCACUGCGUGGCGUGUCUCAGAGAGUUCCUCAGCGAGCAGGACUUCCAGCAGCACAAAAAGGACACCGGUUGCUGGGGCAACCAGGAGCCUAAAGGGGACGAGAUCAGAUGUUUGGAGUGCGGGCAGAGAUUCGACACGACCGAAGAGCUGAAGAAACACGCCGGGGCUCACCAGAGGGUGCUGAAAUGUGCAGAAUGUGGGAAAGGUUUCCGCUCAGCCUUGCUGUUAAUGUCCCACAUGGGCGGCCAUGCUGGAAAGUCUCCCUGCCUGUGUCAGAGCUGUGGACUGGGCUUCCCCCACCAGCAGAACUACGACAGCCACCGCAAGACCUGCGGACAGACACCCAAACCGCCUGUGAGCAACUCCAAGAAACGCCAAGCCUCAAAGAGCUCCUCCUCCUCCUCGUCUGAGCCAAAAAAGGUAAAUGCAAAACCAGACUCAUCAUCAGAGGCAACAAACAAAGCGGCUGAGCCUGCGGUUUCCUUAAACCAGCCUGCUGAACCAGUGACUGAUCCUCCUGGUCCAGAACCAGCAGCAGCAGGAGGCGUUCCUGCUGGCUCCGCUCCAUCAGACGGAUUAUGGAAACUGACGCUCGACAAACGGCCGCCUCCAGGUGUUAAACUGGUCGUGUUUCUUCCUGUCUGUGCAACUCAAAGCAACGGCCUGCCGCUCCCAUCUGCCGUCUCUCCAACACUCUCAGCUUCUACUAUGCAAGUCCAGCCUCAAGAGACUUUUCCUCCAGUUUUAAAGGAACACCUGGGAGGGAAUGCCCCCUUAGACGCCCCUCUGAACCUGGUGACUGGGAUCAAACAUGAUCCAGAGCUGGAAGUGCCUCUGGAUUUAUCUAAGAAGUGUAACUCGUCUAACUGUAAUAUUCUUCGUAUUAAAAGUGAGCCUGGAGAGUUUGAAAUCUCAGAAGAGGCUAAUAGCACAGAGAGACCAGAAUUUAAAAACGACAGCAGCAAAGCACUUCUUAAAGCAGAUCCAGAAGAGACAAAUAGAUCCAUAACAGAUCCCAUAGAUCUCUCCAGUUGUAGUAUUAAUACGAGAUCCUCUGGACUUCUAACAGACAUUAAGAGAGAGCCUCAGCCUCCUGAUAUUGAUCCGUUAUUAAACAGAUCUCGCCAGCUGCCAGAGAGAGAAAUUAAGAUGGAGGUUGAUGUUCCACAGCCUGCUGAUGUAGAGAAUUAAAGUUAAAGGUGUACUAUGCAGAUAGUACACUACUGGUCAAAAGUUUUAGAACACACCAACUUUUCCAGAAUUUAAUUGAAAAUGAUGCAGUUUAAUGUCUCAGUGUACUCUGAAAUUAAUGCACAUUUGCAACAUUUAAAAUUCUUUAUUGAGCAUGAUAGUGUUUUGAAAGUAAAAAAAAAGAUUCAAAAUCACAUUUUAUGUUGGACUAAAGGACUAAAAAAGACACAAAAUGACCAAAAAAAGACACAAAAUGACAAAAAAAAGACCAAAAGACACAAAAUGACUAAAGAAAUACAUAAAAAGACACAAAAUGACCCAAAAAACCCACAAAAAGACCCAAAAUGACUAAAAAAAGAAACAAAUGACCAGACAAAAUGACCAAAAAAGACACAAAAUGACUAAAAAAGAAACAAAUGAGGAGACAAAAUGAUAAAACAACACAGA